AUGGCUGAAUCGAACGAAUCCCAAGGCCCGUCCAAGCCAGCCUCCGAUUUCGAGCCCAGCAACACCCUCUCCGCACGCUUCAAGAACUUCUACCGCAUGGCCACGGGCAAAAUGUCACCGGAGGGCCAGAAGCUAUACUGGGAAGACGCGGACCAACGUUACAGCGAUAUAGAUUGCAAGCGAUGCGAGAAGCAACGAGACUACCUGCUCAAAUUUUCUCCCGCGGUCAGGUACAUGAGCGACAACAUCAAGAAGUUGGGCGGCGAUCUGGGACCACAUAACAUACGUUGCCGGACUUGCAAGACCGGUCAACUUGGAGGGUUUGAUCAUAAAUACGGCAUCAUGAUCUGCGCCAACUGGGUGGAGAAACAGAACAUGCUAGAAGACGUGUUGACUCACGAGAUGGUCCAUGCCUAUGACCAUCUACGGUUCAAGACGAAUCUGAGCCCGGAGGAUGAUUUGCGCCAUGCUGCAUGCUCAGAGAUCAGAGCAAGCAACCUCAGCGGUGAAUGUCGUUGGUCGAACGAGUUCUUCCGCAAUCGAGUCCUCUCCUUUACGAAUCAUCACCAGGACUGUGUUCGACGCCGGGCUAUCCUGUCAGUCAGGUCGAGACCAAACUGCAAAGACGAUGUGCAGGCCGCCAAGAUAGUCAACGAGGUCUGGGACAGCUGUUUUAGAGACACAAGACCUUUCGACGAGAUAUAUCGAUGA